AUGAAUCCAAUCAAUAUUACCUACUAUAAUAAUUCGAUUCAACAAGAAACUUUUCGAUAUUUUCCUUUUUCCAGUAUUAAAAUUUUAAAAAAUCUUCAACAUCGUGAUAGUCUUUUUUCGUAUGUAGCCUAUUACGAGAAUGGACAACGAUUGAAAUGUAGAGUUUUCCUGAGUGCCAUACCAGAAAAAGAUGCAUUGCAUACAAUCCUUCUGAAAAAGAAUUCUAGUUCACGUAUUGCCUCGUUAAAGAACUUGAAACUGACAAUAGAAGGAAUCACAUACAGCAAACACAUGCAUCAAUACCUGAUGAUCUGUCGUCUCAACAAACUAUACGCAAGUACAUUAGAAUACGCGCGAGACUGUUCUACUGAUACAUCUUGUGGCGGUGGAAAUGAUUAUCUCGAAAUCAAUUCUAUGGAAGUAAUCCAAACUUAUGGCGGAAUGCCAAAAACUUCUCCUCUUGAUCAAUUAUGUCCGAAGUGUGAUCGCGUUCUCGAAAUUAUGGGAUGUUGUUCGUUCUGUAAUUCCUUAGACGUCGCUGGCGACGGGGAUUCUUUUAGCAAUGACGAUAAUAGUAAUUGGGAUUGCGGAAAUGAUCAAUUAGAUUUAUUGAUUCGUGAUUCACAGAAUAGUGCUAAGCCAGGAGAAGAAUAUUUACGGUGGAUUACUUACAAUAAAUUUAGUAAUCUAGAGUGUAUAGGUGAAGGCGGAUUUGGAACUUUUGAGGCUGCAUAUAGCUGUCGAAGUCGGCGAAUAAUGCAAUGUUUAGGGAUCACUCGAAACCCGAACACAGAAUCAUACAUAUUUGCAUUGGACCUAGCAAACGGAGGAAAUCUUCGAGAUUUUUUGCACAAGCGUAAGAAACCUCUUUUGCUAGCCAGCAAACUAAAGAUUUUACGUGACAUUGCAAUUGGGCUAGAAGUUAUUCAUGAUGCCAAUAUGGUACAUCGUAAUUUGCAUAGUGGAAAUGUGUUGAUAAAAAUUUGUCCUAACGGUGAAAUCCAAGCGUUCAUUAGCGAUCUCGGUCUCUCAAGACCAACAAUGAAUAUAGAAUUCAAACGAGCACCAAACAUGCCAAUUUUUUUAUCGUCAAACACCAAUGGUGUCUCAUCACAACAACAGCAUCGGCGAUGUCAUCCAGAAGCAAUUUAUAAAAGUCGGUUUCUUAGUUUCCCGAAUCUGCCAGAGCCGACAAAUUUUCCUUGUAAUAAUUAUGAGCAUGGCGAAGACGACGACGACGUAGAUCGAUAUCGGUUGACAGUCGUAAAAGUCCCGGUUCCAAAAGCAGGCCAACUUCAAGACUUUGUCUGGACCAUCCGCUCUACGACAAGCGGCAACCCAUUAGCAGUCAAAGGAAUAUUGAAUACUUUAAGAUCUUUAGAAAAGCAUUUCUACAGUAAUGAACAAAAACCAGCAAAUCCCAUACGAAGAUUUAUUAGUUAUACCGAUACGACGUAA